AUGGGAAAAUGCAGAUCAGGGCAGUAUGGUGCGACCCCAAGGUACUUACAGAGUAGAUUUGCCGGCUUUCUGCAUCAGAUAAGAGAAGGUAGCCAAUCGUCACUUAUAAAUAGUAUCAAGGAGUAUCAGCAAGGGGCCUGUCACGCUACCCAUCUACAGUAUGAGUUUCAUGUGAUUGUAGUGAUACUUGCCAAAAGCGGGAUAUGCAUUUGCCCGUUCAAGCCCGACAACAUGCUACAUCAACUACAGAUACUCUUAAAUGAUACUGAGGAAACAGGGUACAGGAAGAGGUCAGACCCCGUUGACCGCAAUGGUCUAGGAAAAUGCCGUAACUUCGCAUGGGAGAAUAUCGGGAUCUCGCUCUGUGGUGGUGGUUGA